GUCACGUGAUGUUUGGGUGCUCGCGGCCACCCCCCGCGCCGGCCCUCCCUCCAUCCGCGCACGGAGCGCGCCCGCGACCGCACAGGCCCAGCUCAGCGGGGAGGCUGCUGGCCCUGCCUUUGUGAGAAGAUGUCUUAUGGAUCCAUCACCGGCAGAGGUGGCCUGGGGAGCCAUGGCCCUUUCGGGGGACCCUCCAGACAAGGUUAUCAGCCCCUAGAGUGCACUAGAUGUUGGACCCAGUAUGGAAUCCGCCACUUCCCCUGCCCACCACCAGAGAGCAACCCACAGGACCCCUGUGUGGGCAAGGACGGGGAAGGUGAUCUGGGGCCGGCGGGCACACGCAGAGUCCCAAGGGCCAGGAAGCAAGGGCCAGGGGUUGUCCCUGAAGGCAGCCAGACGCUGGAGCCCAUCUCCCCACCUGCCACUGGCCCAAGGAAGGACUCAGCUGCUGGGCCCCCUGGCCGGGUGGUGGGACCCAGCAUCACCCGGGCCAAGAAGAGGAAGCCCAACUUCUGUCCACAGGAGACUGAGGUGCUGGUGUCCAAGGUUAGCAAGCACCACCAGCUGCUGUUUGGCACUGGGCUGCUGAAGGCCGAGCCCACCCGUAGGUACCGCGUAUGGAGCCGCAUCCUGCAGGCUGUCAACGCGCUGGGCUAUUGCCGCCGUGACGUUGUUGACCUCAAGCACAAGUGGCGGGACCUGCGAGCUGUUGUGCGGCGCAAGCUGGGCGACCUCCGGAAGGUGGCCCACGGCUCAGGCUCCGGCAAGCCCCAGGCCCUGGCCCUCACGCCCGUAGAGCAGGUGGUGGCCAGGACCUUCUCCUGCCAGGCCCUGCCCUCUGAGAGCUUUGGCCCAGAGCCUCUCACAGCCACCCAGGUUGAUCCUUGUGACCUCCAAGAGCUGUUUCAGGAGACGUCGGCCAAUGUCUUCCGCAUCAACUCCAGCGUGACUUCCUUGGAGCGGAGCCUCCAGUCCCUGGGUACGCCAAGUGACACACAAGAGCUUCGGGACAGCCUGCACAUGGCGCAGCAGGAGACCAAUAAAACCAUCGCGGCCAGUGCCAGUGCCAUGAAGCAGAUGUCAGAGCUUCUGCGUGGCUCCUGCCUGCAGGAGCGUCUGCAGCUGGACCGGCUGAAGACUCAGCUCUCAGGUGCCAUUCAGCGCUAUGGAGGGGUGCAAAAGAAAAUUGCAGAAAAGUCCAGAGCACUGCUUCCCACGGCACAGAGAGGUGGCAAACAGCAGAGUCCUCAGGCCCCUUUUGCAGAGCUGGCUGACGAUGAGAAGAUCUUCAACGGGGGUGACAACAUGUGGCAGAGCCAGGAGCAGGCGCUGCUUCCAGAUAUCACUGAGGAGGACCUGGAGGCCAUCCGGCUGCGGGAGGAGGCUAUCCUGCAGAUGGAGAGUGACUUGCUGGACGUGAAUCAGAUCAUCAAGGACUUGGCCUCCAUGGUGUCGGAGCAAGGAGAUGCUGUCGGGCUUGGGCUUCCUGAGGCUCGGAUCAGCUCAUCAUUGUGGCCAGAUAGUAUUGAAGCCAGCCUUGAGGCUGCGUCCUCGCAUGCGGAGGCAGCCAGCGAGCUCCUGGCUGGAGCCAGCCGGCACCAACCGAUGAGGAGGACGAGGCCCCUGGCUGCCCAUGGCUACCCCUGCGGACCCUGGACGGGCCCAGCCCGCCUGAAUCCGACCCCCUGGACUUCCGAGGAGUCUUCCACGCACCCACCUCCUCACCCUCCCCACCCGCUUCCCCUGCCUCUGCCCCACCUGCGGCUGCAUUCACAGGGGCCUUCCGGCCCUCCUCACCCUCCUCAGCACCAGCGGCUGCACCACCCUCUGGGAGGACCCCGCCAUUGGCUGAGGCGUCUGCAUUUGAGCAGCGGCUGCUGGACUCCCACCGGCGGCAGGGUUCCCUGCUUUCCUCCUGGUCCCAGCAGCAGAGUGCGCUGAUGGCCCAGCAGAACCUGCUGCUGCAGCGGCUGGCCGAUCAGAGCCAGCGGCUGGCUGAUGGCAUCGAGGCCCUCAACCGCACCCUUG